UUUACGAACCCCAGCAACUGGGAGCUGUGCGCGCACGCAGUGCUGCCUGUGAUGUGGGGAGUGAUGAAUGGGCCGUUCUGCUUCCCCUCUGGCAUGCCUGCAGCCUAUUUACUACCCGGCCAAGUAUAAAACCGCGGGCCGGCUGUGCUCGGUCUCCAGCCCGGCGUCCCCCGAGGAGACCACGCGCCGGAGCCCGGCCGUCCGUCUUCCCCAGGAGGCUCCCGGCUUGCUGAGAACCAUGGUCCGUGGGCACCUGCUGGCUCUGUUUGUCCUCCCUUUUUGCCUGUGUCAAGAUGAAUACAUGGAGGUGAGCGGCAGAGCUAAUAACGUGGUGGCCAGAAUAGUGCAGAGCCACCAGCAGACCGUCCGUGGUGGCUCCAGGAGGGAGACAGUGAGAGAGCGGAGCCACCCGAGAGCGGGGACGGUGGCUAAUAACGCGUCUGCAGACCUAAAGCCCCCGAGGCCAGAUGAGCUCCCGCACCCCGAGGUAGAUGGCCUAGCCCCGAUCACCCCGUUCUGGGGCCAGUCUCCAUCGCCGGGAGGAGGGCCCCCAGACUGCAGCAAGUGUUGCCAUGGAGAUUACAGCUUCCGGGGCUACCAAGGGCCGCCUGGACCUCCUGGCCCCCCUGGCAUUCCAGGAAACCAUGGAAACAAUGGCAACAACGGAGCCACUGGCCAUGAAGGGGCCAAAGGUGAGAAAGGAGACAAAGGAGACCUGGGGCCACGAGGGGAGCGAGGGCAGCACGGCCCCAAAGGAGAAAAGGGCUACCCGGGGGUUCCACCGGAACUGCAGAUCGCCUUCAUGGCUUCCCUGGCCACUCACUUCAGCAACCAGAACAGUGGCAUCAUCUUCAGCAGCGUUGAGACCAACAUUGGAAACUUCUUUGAUGUCAUGACUGGAAGAUUUGGGGCCCCAGUAUCAGGUGUGUAUUUCUUCACCUUCAGCAUGAUGAAGCACGAAGACGUGGAGGAGGUGUAUGUGUACCUCAUGCACAACGGCAACACGGUCUUCAGCAUGUACAGCUACGAGACAAAGGGGAAAUCAGACACGUCCAGCAACCACGCAGUGCUGAAGCUGGCCAAAGGAGAUGAGGUUUGGCUGAGGAUGGGCAACGGCGCUCUUCACGGGGACCACCAACGCUUCUCCACCUUCGCAGGCUUUCUGCUCUUUGAAACUAAGUGAAUAGAGGACUAGACCAGCUCCACUUUGGGGAAAACUUGUAGCUGAGCUGGUAUUGUUAUGAUGUGAGGAACAUUAGAGUUAAGGGUUCUACAUGUUGUAUUUUUUUUAAAAAAAUUAUUGGUUACAUUGUUAAUCAUGCUACAGAUACGGCAAUAAUGUGGGAUGACUCAGGGGUUCAGAAGAAUCAAACACAAAACAGUUUUCCCAAGUGACCUUGUCUAAAACACUCACCACCUUUAUCACUCCUCCCCAGGCACCUAAAAGAGAGUUCCCCUCUUGGUACAGGUUGGAAACACUCGUUCCCAUCAGAGAGCUCAUUUGCAAAGAGUUUUGGCAGCUCUGUUUUUAAUUUAAUAGCAGCUCUCAGGAACCCCUGAAGCUUUGAGUUCAUCAUUAUAACUUUUCAGCAAAUAGGAUGCAGUGAUUAAGAUGGGGCUGAGGCAAGAGCAGGGGCACUUGCCAGGAUGGAGGUACCAGAAACAUGUGUAAAACCUAGACUGGGAAGUAGCACUUUGAUCCAGUGGGUCAACACUCACGAAUAAAGUACAGAUCUUUUUUAGUCAUUCCUGAUAGCUUUUCGAUAGCAAAACUAUUCUCAAUGCCCACACAUUAUUGACUCAUCCUUUUU